AUGGCAACUCGGUCUCUCGCCGCACUCCUCCUGUUGCUGGCAUGUUGCGCGCAUCUGGCCUCGGCCCAGGGCCAGAAUGUCUCGUCGACCAUCAACAGCUUCAGCGACACCAUCAACUCGGGCAUCUGGGACCUGCCCAUCUGGGUCCGAUACGUCCAGGGUGUGCUGACCCUCAUAGCCUUCACAGACUUUCUCCUCUUCACGGGGAGCUUCCUGUACGGCAUGAUCCUGGCCAGUUUGGCCUCCAAAGGGUUCUUGAACAAGACCAUGCCUUUCUUGUCCUCGAUCUUGUUCCUGGUCCUGCGCUUCUGCUACUUCCCGUUCCUCUAUGUCCUCAUCCCCGUCGCUGGUCUGCCAAAGUUCCCCAUGUGGGUCAACCAGUGGGUCUUUGUCGGCUUGGUGUUCAUGUACGUCACCCUGCUGAUCGCCCCAGUCACCUUCGGCAUCAUCUAUGCCGUCAAGUACCGCAGCUGGGCCAACGCCAAGCACAGCGACCCCAGCGUCCUCGAGAACGCCCGCCAAAAGGUCGACCAGCUCAAGCAAGUUCCCAAGAUGGUCGUCGUCAUGCCCAUCUACAACGAGGAACCCGAUGCCCUCAUUGCUGCCGUCAAGUCGACCGUCGCUUGUGAAUAUCCCUGUGCCCAAGUUACCGUCUUCUUGAGCUUCGACAACUCCGAGGAGUCGGAGCUCUUCCUGGCUCUCAUGAAGGUUCUGACCCACGGCAGUGAGCGACCCGAGGGCGGCUAUGGUGCCCAGGUCCGCCUCAUCUACCGCGGCGUCUACUUUAUUGUCAACCGCUUCCCACACGGCGGCAAGCGCCACGUCCAGGCCCUGACCUUCAACCAAAUCUACCACGAUCCGUAUUUCAGUGAAGACGACACCCUGGUUCUCUUUAUCGACUCGGACAUUGUGCUGUACGAGGACGCCAUGGUCGAGUUUGCCACCGCCCUCGACAAGAACCCCAAGCUCGUCGGCAUGACCGGCUUCAUCUCGGUUCUCGCCAAGAAACCCAAGUUCUGGUGGUGGUUCCAGGACGUUGAGUACGUUAUCGGUCAGGUCUUCAACCGAGCCCUCGAGUCUGGCCUGGGUGGCGUCACCUGCCUUCCCGGCGCUCUGACCAUGAUCCGCCUCAAGCAGCUUGGUGUCGCUGCAAACACAUACUUCUCCGAGCUCGACACCAAGAAUAUCUUCAACUACCACCGCUACUACCUCGGCGAAGACCGCUACCUGACCCAUCUUCUGAUGGAGCAGGAGCAGCGCAGCGCGAUCGGAUUCUGCCCCACAGCCCGUGCCAAGACCGAGGCCCCUGCCACCUGGAAGCAGUUCCUCAAGCAGCGCCGCCGCUGGCUGCUCGGUGCCUUUGCCAACGAAGUCUACUUCCUGUCGAGUGCCAAGCUGUGGGCCCGUGCGCCGCUCCUGCUCACCUACGUGACCGCCAACUUUUCGUGCCGCUCGACAGGCUUCUUCUUCUUCAUCAUUCUCUUCCAGAUGGCGGCCGGAUCCAAGUUUGACCCGACGGUCAUGUACAUGAUCUGGGUGCCGCUGCUGUUCUUCUGGAUCCUCGUCUCGAUCUUUGCCAUCAUUCUCAAGCGCUCCAAGGUCGCGCUGAUGUACCCGCUCAUGCUGUUGUUGAAUCCGUGGGUCAACCUCUUCAUCAACAUCUACUCACUCAAGACCUGGAACUUGCGCUCGUGGGGCGGACCCCGCACCGAUGUCGCCACCGUGCCCGACAACAUGGUCCACCUCACCGAUCUCGUCCCCGACCCAGAUACCCAGACGCUGCGCGACUACGAUAUGGACGACCCCGUGCUCGAUGGCAAGGGCAAGGGUGGAAAGGCCGGUAUGCACGAGGAAGAGGACCUCAAGCAAAAGGGCGUCGACUACGACGUCGACGAAAUCGUCGUCAUCCAAGACGACACCUCGACGCUCUAUGGCGGCCCAUCUCGUCGGCCCUCGAUCUCGUCCCUCAACGACGGCAUCGAUCACCAGCAUCCCGCCACCGGCGAUCUCAUCAGCCGCCUGGCUCUGGUGUCCAAGAUUGUCGAAGAAGACGAUUCGCCCACGCCCUCGUCCUCAAACUCGUAA